GCCGGACACUUUUCCUUUAAGAGGACUCUCCCUUUAAUUCACCUGACGUAAACACACCUGAGCUGGACUUCCUGUGUGUUUUAACACAAGAAGAGCAACAACAACAGAAGAAGAAGAAAAGACGAAGAAGAGAAGGAGGUGGAGACGGCGACGAUCAAAUCGUUUCGAGAAGCCUGAAGACACCCAGCAGGAAGUACCAGAAUGGGGGAGAAUGAGGGAAUGAAGACAAGACAAACUGAGAGAGAUGAUGAGAUGGUGAGGUCAGCCAUAAUGGAGCCCAGCACCCUGCAGUGGCCUGGAGACAGACAGACAGGGGGGCAUGCAGGUAAAGGUGACAGAAUGAGUGUGAGGUCAAGUGAGGUGGCCAGUUGGACAGAAAGUGAGAGACAGCUUUUGGCAGAGACGGAGAGGACCGGAGGAGGGGCACAUGAGGAGGAGGGGGCAGGGCUGCAGUCACACCCAGAGAAGGAGGAGCCUGUAGAGAACAAGCUCCCUGAGAAAGCAGCUCAGGUGUUCACCCUGGACGUCCUCCCCUCCCCAUCCCCACCCACAGAGCAUGAGGCACUCUGGGAAAUGGAACCAGAGAAGAGUCCCUUCUUGGGUCCCCGAGGAGUCCAACAGGACUACAACCAACAGGUCUACCAGUACGAGUGGACCAGAGACACGCCUCCUUCCAGAUGUGGGCAGUGCUGUCCAAGCAGGGACACCCUGAAGAUGGGCGUGUCCCUGAUGACAUCGGCGCUCUUCUUCCCCUUUCUGGUUUGGGGGGGGUUUGUGUUCCUUCCAUUUGAUGCCCCACUGAUGGAUGGUGCCCCCCUCAGGCUCAUCUACACAUUGCGCUGCUCUGUGUUUGCUGCCACCCCAAUCAUUCUCGGUUGGCUGGUCCUGGGGGUCACUCGUCUCCGGUCAGGUGUGUUUCGGCCCCUGUUGGAUGAUGAGGUGAAGGAGGUAGAGCUUCAAGAGGUCAGCAUCCAUCGCCACUUCAUCUCUGAAUCCACCUCUCUGUUCAUGAUCUACUUCCUGCAACUGAUUGUCAUGGCGAUGUACCUGAGCCAGGAGCAGCUGAAGCUUGUCCCACUGCUGACUAUUGUCUUCGCCUUGGGACGGCUGGUGUAUUGGGUGGCGGCAGCGUUCGGCAGUAGUAUCCGUGGUUUCGGUUUCGGCCUCUCUUUCCUGCCAAGUCUCACCAUGGUGGUCGCCAACAUCUACUUCAUCUUCACGGUGGAAGCGUCGGGGUCCAUCUUUAGUCUCCCGUCUGAGGAGGUGGUGACUCCACCUGCCGGCCAGUGA